AUGGCAGCAUUGGCAUUGUUAGAAGAUAUUGUUAACCCCGCAAUAAGGCGAGAGAGAAUUUUUGGCGACCGAGCCGCCUUCUUGGCACAUAGCGAUGAAUGGCUGAUGAGCAGGUACCGCUUACCAAGAGCCACUUUGUUGGACCUCUGUGCCCAAAUAGGGCCGCACUUACAGAGGCGCACAAAACGCAACCAGGCCAUACCUGCUGAGGUGCAAAUAUGCACAGUUCUUGGUUUCCUGGCUACAGGAACGUUCCAAAGAGAAAUGGGAGACCUGUCAGGUAUUUCCCAGCCAGAGUUCAGCAGGAUUUUGCCUGAUGUUCUUCAAGAACUCAUUCUUUUUUCUCCUCGGUUCAUCAAGUUUCCUUAUACUGUCGAAGAACAGCAAGAUGUGAGUGAAGAUUUCCUGCGCAAUACGGGAUUCCCAGACGUCAUCGGUGCAAUAGAUUGCACUCACGUUGCCAUACGAGCACCCCAUGUGAAUGAGUAUGCCUAUGUUAAUAGAAAGAACUUCCACUCAAUUAACAUCCAGCUCAUUUGCAAUGCUCGUAUGGCAAUUGUGAAUGCUGUUGCACGAUGGCCAGGGUCGACCCAUGACUCAUUCAUAUUGCGCAAUUCGCGUGUGGGGAACCGUCUAGAGGCUGGAGCAGGCAGAGAAUGUUGGCUUCUAGGUGACAGAGGCUAUCCUCUGAAGCCACGGCUUCUCACCCCCGUGGCGCACCCACAGACACCCGAAGAAGCCCAUUUCAACACGGCCCAUGCCGGUGCGCGGUAG